CUUCUUCGCCACUAAUAAAAUAGAGCAACAUUGUUGAGUUGGAUUGACAGUUCCGCCCCGAGUUGUCGCUAUUUAACAGACGUAGAAAGCAAUGGUGCAUAUAAUCCCAGCUUCUUCUUGAUCGACCAAUUCCAGCUAGCUAGAUAGCAAGGUAGAGCGGUUAAGGAAGAUUAAGAAGCGUGAUCAUAAUAACAAGUAUGAUAGUUGGAGGCGGAAACAAGCAAGGGCGACAAGGCUCGCUGUUUGGUCGGAAGAAAACACCAGCUGCUGCGUUGGCAGAGCCGCAAUCACCCUCCGCUUCUCCCGCAGCUAAUUCCGGUGCAGCGCUACCCUCCAGAUCUUUCGGCAGCGGAUGUUGUCGGAAGCUCGGAGACUGCAUGAGUAUGGAUUCCAUUGCCCCACCACCCAAACUCAAACAGCAGCAGCUUCUCAUCACCCAGCUGCAGCAGCAGGUGGCGGAUCUGGAAACACAAGUAGAAAAGCAGAAGGAGCUGAGGGUUAUGUACCGAAAGCGAAUGGAGAGAAGCCAAGACUACCUCAGGUUCUGCCUUCAGAUUGCACAAGACCAUGGCUUCUUGGACCUCAUCAUUGGCAACAAAGACUACCAAGAAUGUAACGUCUCUCCCAUUUCAAGCCCUACCCUCCCUGCUUCAGCUUCACCACACCAACAAUACCACUCUCAACUCACCGCCCUCGCCAACCAGGCCACCCUCAAUGGAUGGUACAUCCACCCCCAAGAGAUUGAGUUGCAAGAAAAGGUUGCGGAAGGAAGCACGGCCGAGAUUUACAAGGGAGUGUGGAGAGGGCUGGACGUCGCUGUCAAGUGCAUCUUCCCAGAUUUCUUCCGCACCAACGACAGUGGGGUGAGUUUCUUCCUCCAAGAACUGGACACAUUGUCCAGACAGAGGCACCGCUUCGUCCUGCAGCUAGUCGGGGCAUCACUCGACCCACCCAACCACGCCUGGGUGGUGACGGAGUUCCUGGGGACGACCCUCAAGGAAUGGCUGCACGGUGCUGGCAGCCGCAGCAUGGCCAGGUCCGUCCCCUUGCCUCCGCUGCCGGAUCGCCUUGCCAGGGCCCUGGAGAUUGCUCUGGCGAUGCAGUACCUCCACGAGCAGAAGCCCAAUAAGGUCAUCCAUCGUGAUCUCAAGCCCAGCAACAUCUUCUUGGACGACGCCAACCAUGUCAGGGUUGCCGAUUUUGGGCACGCCAGGUUCCUCAACGACCAAGAAAUGGCACUCACUGGCGAAACAGGAACUUACAUAUACAUGGCGCCAGAGGUGAUUGCUUGUCAGCCUUACAAUGAGAAAUGUGAUGUCUACAGUUUCGCCAUCAUUCUGAACGAGAUCGUCACCGGAGAUUACCCUUACAUCGACACAGAUUUCGGUCCUAGCAAGAUCGCAAUGCAAGUAGCUGAGGGAAAUCUGAGACCCGCGCUUCCGGAGGACCAAGAUGGGCAACUGGUGGAGCUAAUUGAUCUCAUAUGUGUGUCCUGGGAUCAAGAUCCUUCUCUGCGGCCCUCUUUCUCCACUAUCACUUCCGCUCUGAAGGAAAUUCAACGAACAAUCACAUCACAUACUUCACAGCCCACACAAGCUUUAGAUCUUCGUGUUCUUUCCUGAUUACUCUAUACGGAGUAGGACUGCCCCAAUACUUUAUUGUGACAUAGGAGGUAUAACCAUUAUGUUGGUUAACUAUACUGCAAAUGAUUUCGGUUCAUGUCAGAUAAGAAUAGAGUGAUACGUUCAAAACGGUGAGACCCACUCCAGGGUAAACUGAAUACAGUAACAGUUAUUGA